CACGGCAACCCUUUCCCCGAGCCAGCACCUGCAGGGAGGGUGCAGUGCAAGCGCCCCCGGGGGCAGCAAGGGAAAGGCAGCCCCUUCCCGCAGGCUCAACGGCCGGGGGCAACCUCGCCCCACCUGCAAGCGGAGGGGAGGCAGCCCCGGCUCGCUAGGCGCAGCUCCGACUUGCCGCGGGGAGGGACGCAGGCACAACCGCAAUCCAAUCCCGCAGGGCUGCAGCAGAUUGCCUGGCCCAGCGCCAGAGGCGAGAAGGUGAAAAUAACCAGACAACUAGAAAACUAUCACAAUGAGUUUUGUUGAAUACAGAGAUACCAUAAAAGAUGGAGACACAGCUAUCGUGUUUUUGGGCCAUGAAUCGAUGUUUCCUGUGAAAGUCCAACAUGGUGGUAAAACUCAGACUAAGUAUGGGGUCAUUAGACAUUCCACUGAUCUCAUAGGCAAAAGAUAUGGCUCAAAGGUGACCUGCAGUAAAGGAGGAUGGGUGUUCAUUCUUCAUCCAACCCCAGAGUUGUGGACUAUGAAUCUUCCCCACAGAACACAGAUUCUUUAUUCAACUGACAUCUCUUUAAUAACCAUGAUGUUGGAAUUGAAGCCUGGAUCCAUAGUGUGUGAAUCAGGUACCGGAAGUGGUUCUCUUUCUCAUGCUAUCAUCAGGACGGUGGCUCCUACAGGGCAUCUGUACACAGUGGAGUUCCACCAACAGAGAGCAGAGAAAGCGGAGGAGGAGUUCCAGGAGCAUAAAGUAGAACACCUUGUUACAGUGAAGAAUCAGGACGUCUGUAAAAACGGGUUUGGGGUCUCAAAUGUUGCAGAUGCAGUAUUCCUAGACAUUCCGUCACCUUGGGAAGCAAUAGGACAUGCAAAAUCAGCACUGAAGAUUGAAGGUGGACGCAUCUGCUCCUUCUCCCCUUGCAUUGAACAAGUUCAGAGAACCUGCCUGGCUAUGGAAGAACAUGGUUUUACUGAGAUUAACACUCUGGAAAGUCUGCUUCGAGUAUACAAUGUUAGGACAGUUAGCUUGCAAAUCCCUGACCUUGGAAAAGCAGCCGAGGAUAAUUCUGGUACUGGGUUUGACAGCAGCAACCAAUCAAAUCCAGAGAGCUUGUAUGGUAUUCUGCAGCAGGGAACUGCCCAGUUUAAAAGUGGUGUGCCACUUAAGGAAAUGGUGGGUCAUACUGGAUAUCUGACCUUUGCUACUAAAAGUCUAUUUUAAUAUACUUUUGUGUUUGUUUUUUUUAAGGUCCUCCAAACUUUUACUUGUCAGGAAAUUCCAUGUAUAGUCCAAUCUAUUUGGAAUAUGCUUUGUUUAAAUAACCGAGAGCACUAACCAGCCCAACAUAGACAGAAUAUUUAAGGUCUGGAACAGCACUCUGUUUCUGUCAGAGAGAAAAGAUAAAGAAAUAGCUAAUGGCAAUUCAUUGGAAUUUGCAAAAUAAAGCCGCUUGCUGAUAAGUUUUGUUCAGUCAGCUUUUUUCUUUUUGGAAUCCUUUCUUGGUUUCCCCACCCUAUGUAGACACUUCUUGGGGUUUUUUAUUUGGUUGAGUUUUGCUAUUUAUAUUGUUUUUUGGAUAAUUGGAAAGAUCCUAGUGGACUCAUUGUAGAUGCUGAAAUUGUGAGCUCGUACAGCAGUAAUAUUAAGCGGUCACAGAACGAGUGUUCUCUUGGAAUAGAAUUUGGCUACACAGAGGAUUAUCUGCAGUGUGUUCAAGAACAUGGUCUUUUUCUCCCAUCCCCAACUGGCAUCUAGUAAUCAGAGAAGUCUCACAAGCAGGGUAGCUGUGGAAUAUAGAAGAAUAUAUUGGGAACAUCCAUCAUAGAGGCUUCAGCUGCGAUGGCUCAUUCAUACUAAAAUCUUAUGAUAGAGCAGCUGCUUUCAUUGUUUGUAAGUCAAUUGUGAGCAUUUACCAUCAUGUUUUAAUGUUACUUGAACACCACUUUGUAAGCCAUUUUUCUGAGGUUUGGGGUUUUUUCAAUUAAGAAUUGCAUUAUUUUACCCUGUUGCAACUGAAUGGUAGAAAAAUCACUAUUGGCGGGAUUUCUC